CGCGCUCGCCCUUCACCUGGUCUGGUCUCCCUGCCCUUUCUCCUUUCGCUUUCACGGCGGCUCCUCACCAUCGCCCUACCCCUCCAGCGGGCACAGGCCGCAGCUAGCUAGCCAGAGCCUUCUUUUUCACCUCCGCCCGCGUCGUCUGCCUCUUCAGUCUUCACGGUCGAUUUCAGUUCCCCGGUCUCGCCUUUGCCGAAAGAAAGGCACCCGGAACCCAACGACAGCGGCAGCGGCAGCAGCCAGCAGUCGAUUCCGGGAGGGACGGGCCGGGGCAAAGCUGGGAUGAGGGGAUGAAAAGGGGGAGGAAUAAAAAGGCCGGGGAGGAGGCGAGAAGGCUACAGCGGCGGCAGGGCAGGGGCAGCAGCAGAGCGCAGGCAGGACCGCCGCUCGGAAAGUGCGGAGCCGUUUCCCCUCUAGUAGCUGCUCUACUUGACUCCGUCCACUCACCCCACGUCCACGCUUCCUCGCGCUCUCUCCAGUUCAGGCUGCCAGGUGCUCCCGAUCGCGUCGCUGCUAGCGCGCGCGAUCCCCGAGGCGGGGGGAGAGGGGGUAGGAGGCCGCGCGCUCGCCAUGUCGUCCGCCGCGGGCGGGUACGGCGGCGGUGCGGGGAGCGGCGCCGAGCCCCACUGCCACGGCCACGGCCACGGCGACUUCAUGCUGCACCACCAUGCACAGCAUAUCGCCGCCCAGCAGCUCUACCACGUGCCGCAGCACAGCCGUCGCGAGAAGCUACGGUUUCCGCCGGACGACUCGCCCCCACACGCCUCCGCUUCCGCCCCGCAGCAGCAGCACGCCGGGGUGGCCUGGCCGCCUCCGCCGCCGCCGCCGGCGUUCUACUCCUACGCGUCCUCCUCCACGUCGUCCUACUCCCCGCACAGCCCCACGCUGGCGCAGGCGCAGCUCGUCGUGGCGCACGGCCUCGCCCCGCCGCCGCUCUCGUCGCAGAUCCCGACGCAGAACUUCGCGCUCUCGCUCUCGUCCUCGUCCUCGAACCCACCGCCCGCGCCGCCCCCGCAGCAGAGGAGGGCGCACGCCGCGCCCUCGGCGCCCUUCGGGCCCUUCACUGGCUACGCGGCCGUGCUCGGGCGCUCCCGUUUCCUCGGCCCUGCGGAGAAGCUGCUCGAGGAGAUCUGCGAUGUCGGGGGCGCCGCCUCGCACGUGGACCGGAGCGUCUCCGACGAGGGCGUGCUCGACGCUGAUCCGAUGGAAGCCAUCGAUCACGACAUGGACGGCGCCGACCGCGCCGCCUCGGACGCUGGGCCAAUCUCCGGCGCCGAGCAGCAGUGGAAGAAGACUAGGCUUAUCUCCAUGAUGGAAGAGGUUUGCAAGAGGUACCGGCUGUACUACCAGCAGGUCCAGACAGUGAUCAACUCGUUCGAGACCGUGGCCGGGUUCAGCAACGCUGCCCCAUUCGCGGCGAUGGCGCUGAGAGCCAUGGCGAAGCACUUCAAGUGCCUGAAGAGCAUGAUACUGAGCCAGCUGCGCAACACCAAGGUCGCUGCCGGCAAGGAGGGGCUCAGCAAGGACAUCGUCAUGUUCGGGCUCGCUGGCGGCAGCGCGGCUGCCCUCCAGAGAGCUAGCAGCAUGGCCGCCUUCGGCCAGCCGCACAACAUCUGGCGGCCACAGAGAGGGCUGCCGGAGCGCGCAGUGUCUGUCCUCCGCGCUUGGCUCUUCGAACACUUCCUGCACCCAUAUCCUACUGAUGGAGACAAGCAAAUGCUUGCUAAACAGACGGGUUUAACACGGAACCAGGUAUCAAACUGGUUUAUUAAUGCAAGGGUUCGUCUUUGGAAGCCAAUGGUGGAGGAAAUCCACAACCUCGAGAUGAGGCAGGUGCACAAACACCCUGUUCUCGACAAGGGACAGCACGUGUUGCAUCACCAAACCCAGCAUUCGUCUGAGAGCAGUGGAAAACCCUCUGAUCCUUCCGACUCUCAUCUCGGCCAAAGCAGCAGCCUCACUAGGAACCACAACAUCCCUGCGUCCCAGGGUUUUGCAGAUGAGCUCUCCGAGAUGUCCCACUCUAUUCAGCAGGGGCAGGUAACCUUUGCAUACAAUGGGCUGUCGACGGCACACCACAGCCUCGCUUCGUCGCAGCACCACCAGCAGGCAGGGCCAAUGAGUGGCAUUGGUGGUGCGGGGAACGGUGGCGUCUCCCUCACCCUUGGCCUCCACCAGAACAACAGAGUCUGUAUUGCCGAGCCACUCCCGGAGUCCCUCCCUCCCAACCUCGCUCACCGUUUUGGGCUGGAGGAGGUCAGCGACCCCUACAUGAUGGGCUCUUUCGGAAACCAGGACCGGCAUUUCGGCAAGGAGAUGGGUGGCCAUUUGGUGCAUGACUUUGUUGGCUGACAUGGCUGCGGCUGCUGCUGCUGCUGCCAUUGUUGCUUAUGGUCAGCUGAGCUGAGCUCAGCUUGCUAAUGGUGCACAAGCAUGUAUUUGUACCACUACUAGUAUGUUAGAAUGGUAUAUAAGUGUAUCACUUGGUGGCUUUGGCUUGAUCAGUUUGAAUCAAUUUCUCGGAGAAUGGUGAAAAAACAUUGCUGAGUCGGCUAGUCCUUAUUGGCCAAGGUGUGCUGUUCAAAUGCUAUUUGACUUCCUAGGCUAAGGCCUUGUUUAGUUCACUCUGAAAACUAAAA